UUGUGUUGUUUUUUUAUGUAAAAAAAAAAAUAAAUGUCAACAACCCUUUUUGAUCAUGAAUCUAUUUAUGGCUAAUCAUAAUGAUCAUCAUGGAAUAAAUGAUAAGAAUAAUUCAAUUGAUGUGAAUGAAUUUAUCGGUCAUAAUUCGGAUGUUCCAUUCUCGCCAUCCUUAUCAUCUACAACAUUUAUAAGUUUCAGUUUAUUUGAUUUAACAACAACAUUAACAGCUUUAUUCUAUGGAGCUGCAUUUGUAUUAGGCACCAUAGGCAAUGGACUUAUUAUCUACAUCGUUGCACAUUAUCCUCGAAUGCGUACAUUAUCGAACGUAUUUUUGGCAUCAUUGGCCACUGCCGAUCUAUUGCUGGUUUGUGUUUGCAUUCCAAUCAAGUUUAUCCAACUCAUCACUUAUACAUGGACAUUCGGUCUAUUCAUGUGUAAAGCUAUACAUUAUGUUCAAUCAUUGAGCGCCUAUUGUUCAGUGCUUACAUUGACCAUAAUCAGUGUUGAACGUUAUUAUGCUAUCAUACAUCCUGUAAAAUGUCGGGCUACAUUCUCUAUGCGGCAUAUUCGUAAGAUGAUAUGCCUUACAUGGCUAUUAUCGGCUAUACUAGCAUCUCCAUCAAUGGGUGUUUAUAUGCUGGUUCGAAUUGGUGAUGAAUAUGAUUCUGAUCAUUUCUGGUGUGUACGUAUUGCUUCCGAUUGGGCAGUUGAUGAAUCGGAUAUGAAUCAAAAAUGGCAUGAAGCACGUAUUGUUUACGAAGUAUAUCAAAUCUGUACAAUAUUGAUUCUACCAACAUUGGUCAUGAUAUUUACUUAUUCAAGAAUUUGUACACAUUUAUGGAUCGUUUUUCAUCGCCGUACAGCCAUGAGAUUUGGCCAUGCAUGUCAUUUUUUGACAAACAAUAAUGGCGAUUCGAAUUGUUCAACGGGUACUAAUUGGGUAUCAUCUAGAUCAUCUUUUCCCAUCAAUGCGAUUGCAUUUACUGCAUCUAUGUCAUCGGAUUCGACAACAUCGACUACGGCAGCUGCUCAUUAUCUUAAUCGAAACAGUACGAUAUUAGUCGAUAAUAGUGAGCCAGGUAAUGGAAAUCUAUUUCCGCCACAAACACCGACAUCGAUUUCAUCAUCCAUAAAAUCACAUUAUAGUACAGCCGUCCCAUCAAUACAAUCGCUCCGAAAUUCUCGACAUUCAUAUUGUCAACAAUGUUCACAUCAUUUUAAAACCAGCGAUGAAGACAAUCAAACUGUCAAACAAGUAAUUAAAAUGUUGGUUGCCGUCGUUGUGCUAUUCGUACUUUGUUGGGCACCAACAUUAGUAAUCGGCUUACUUCGUGCUUUCAACAUGAUUGCCGAAACUAAUGAAGGAAUUCUGAAAGAAAUUAUUACUGUUACAUUUCUAUUAUCAUAUCUCAAUUCUGUUAUCAAUCCAAUUAUUUAUGGUUUCAUGUCGAAAAAUUUUCGACUUUAUUUUCGGCUAAUAUUCAUGCAAUUCUGGUCAUUGAUCACCACCGGUCAUUGUAUCGAUCAUCGUCAUCACUAUCGUCAUCGUUAUCACAAUAAUCAAGAUAAUCAUCACAAUGCUAACACACAUCGUAUUGGAAAUUCUAAAACAAAUCGUGUGGAUAUUCAAACUACGAAAAUACAGAUGGAUCAUAUGGAUGGAUCGAGAAAAGAUCUACAACGAAAACGUCAAUCAUGGGAAUUCAGUCCCACAACCAAUAUUCAGAAUAAAUCUUUAUCACUGGCAAAUAAACAUCCCCUCUCAAGUACUAUUCGAAUGAAAGCAAUUCCGCAAGAUUCAUCCAUAAUAAUUGGACAGGAAUCAUCAGCAACGAACGUUAUUGAUCCAAAUCCAAUGGUCAAUGACCAUUAUCGUAUUUGAAAAAAAUAUUGACAUCGAAAGUGAUUUUUUCUCUACUUUUUCUUUUGAAAUUUUACCCAUUAACAUUUCAUUGAUGAUACUUAAAUAGAAAAAUUUA